AUGAUCUUUUUGUGUAUUUCAGGUUACAAUCAUCCUGGUGGAAUGCAUCCCCAGCAUCAGAUUGACUUUGUAAAGUUGCAAGUGUCUAGCAAACAACAACCAUAUUACGAUGCAUAUCGCCAACUUAUCUCCUAUGCGGAUGCAGCGUUCAAUCAUACUACUCAUGCUCUAGCUGAUUUUGCUGUUCCUGGUUACUACAUCGAUCCAGUAUUGCAUCAAAAAAAUUCGGCUGGUCUUCAAUCGGAUGCAUUUGAUGCGUAUGCCUGUGCAUUGGCCUAUUGGAUAAGCGAUGGUCAAUCCAAAUAUGCCAACCAAUCAAUACGAUUUUUAAAAGCAUGGGCUGAUUUAAAUACGAAGUAUUCUGAUUACGACGGUAGUCUUGUCAUGGCCUAUUCAGGCACAGCAAUGGUUAUGGCUGGCGAGCUACUUCUUAACUACGAUGGCUGGGAUCAUAUUGACAAGGAAAAAUAUUUACAAUGGGUGCAAAAUGUUUAUUUAAAAGCGUCAAAUGAAAUUAGAUUGCGAAAAAAUAAUUGGGGCGAUUGGGGUCGCUUUGGCUCGAUUUUAUCUGCUCAUUUGUUGGACAAUGCCGAGGAAAUAGCUGAAAAUAUCCGUUUAGUCAAAAGUGAUCUGUUUCAUAAAAUUGCGCCUGAUGGUCACAUGCCCGAAGAGACUUCAAGAGAGGCAAAUGGAAUUUGGUAUACGUAUUUUUCUCUUGCACCAAUUACAGCUACAUGUUGGGUAGCCUAUCAGUCGACAGGGGAAAAUCUAUUUACCAAUUAUACGCAGAAUAAUUCGUCAAUCAAGCAAGCGCUUGAUUAUUUGUAUUACUACAGUCUUCAUCCCAAUGAAUGGCCAUGGUUUGUAAAUCCUAAUAAGGGAUCGCCGACUUCAUGGCCGGGCAAUCUACUGGAAGCUAUGUCAUCUAUUUACGGAGAUAAUCUUUACGUCGAUUACGAAAAUCUUCACGACCAUUAA